AUGAGGAGCCAGGGAUUGGUCGCGCACAAGACAUCUCGAGCAGGUGGAGCGGCGAAUCUCAAGGCUCCGUUAAAAGAGCUCUUCGUUUGCCGUUACGAGGACGUGUUCAAUGGACGUAGCCCGAUCAGUACGUGCAGGGAGAAAGGGUUCGAAGGACGGCAGGAGCUGCAGCGGUUCUGGGACGAACUUCUUCUGCAGGUGAACGACGCCUACCUGGCACAGUGCAUCGCAUCCAUCCCCGAGGAUCGCCUCAUUGGUCCUCUCAAGCCCACCAUCAACGAGAUCUUCUCUGCCUGCCUCAGAUAUUUGAGCGAUGUGAAUUUCAUCCGAGUGGCACAUGCUCUUGAAACCCUAGCCGUGUUUCUGAGGGAGAUCUUCAAGAAGCGGUUUGCAGAGCAGACCUUCACUAUAAUCACGCUCGUUGCAGGGAACGCGGACAGUGGGGAUGCCUAUUUCAAGAAGCUCAUCUGUGACGUCUCUGGCCUGCUCACAGGGGAUAACGUGCCAGUUCUCAUAAAAGCACUUGGGACAAGGCUCUUCCUCAUGCUGCUCACCGCCACAGACAACGUGAACGCCAACCCAGUCGCCUCCUACCUGCUCCUCCACCCCAUCACGGACCCCCUCCUCUCGCUCCUCACCAUCUCCCCUCCGCACCACCGCCAGCGCCUUGAAUUCGACACCUCACUCGUCCUCCUCCUCCUGCUGCUGCUGCCGCUGCUGCUGCUCUCAUGCCAAUCCCUUUCCCCCCUCCUCUUUCUCUCUCCCUCCUCUUCCCCUGCCCGCCUUCCCAGGCUCUUCCUGGUGCUUCUGACUGCAACAGACAACGUGAACGCCAACCCAGUCGCCUCCUACCUGCUCCUCCACCCCAUCACGGACCCCCUCCUCUCCCUCCUCACCCUCUCCCCUCCGCACCACCGCCAGCGCCUCGAAUUCGAUACCUCACUCGUCCUCCUCCUCCUGCUGCUCUGGCGAAGAGCUUCCGAUCCCUAUGCGGAUAGAAUCGCCUCGUCAGCCAACGCGCCCCUGGUUCCCCUGCUGCAUACGAUUCACUCGCUGCUCUCGCUUUCCCAGGAGCCGGGGCAGGGGAGUGGGGGGAUGGCGGGGGCAGGAGGGGGGGGAGGGGGAGGGGCAGGGGCAGCGGGAGGGGCAGGAGGAGGAGGAGGUGGGACGGGAGGAGGCGAAGGGGCGAUUUUAGGAGGGAUUAGCUCUUAUUUGCCUUCUAUGGGCGUAAUUUCGUCUCAAGCGUCAUCAGCUUUGUCUGUAGUGGCCUUUGCCACGUCAGCAGCCACCCAGGCACUGUACAGUUACGCUAGCACGGCUAUAGGGGGGAUAGCGAGCGGGAAAGGGCUUGGAGAACUGCCCCCUAUAACUAGUGUGAUUGUAGAGAAGUUCACGGAGAGAGGGAGCGGAGCAGGGGAGGUGGAUGGUCAGUGGGCAUAUGGGACGUGUGGGGUGCUGCUGCUGUAUUUCCUCGUCGCACUCAACCCCACUGCAAGAUCCCCUUCUCUGUGGCCGCAUGAGGGCUUCAUUGUCGGACCUGGCAAGUCUCUCUCCCUCCUGUGGGGCGACUGCCUGCGCCUGCUGCUGCUCACCUGCCGAGACGCCUUUGACCCGCACGCCCUGCAAGGGGAGGGAGGGCUACCGAGGGCAAAGGUGCUUUUCCUCUUAGCCCGUCUGCUGCUAGAGGAGCGACAUACUGCCGAGUUUCUCUUCAGAUGCGACCCUGCCACCUUCCUCAUGCACUCCCUCGAGCCUCCCAGCCCCUCAUCACCUGCCAUGUCCCCUCGUUCCCCGCGCACGCCAUCCCACCCACGCUCCUCCAUGUCCCACGCAUUCUUCAACAUGGGAGUGGCAGUCCUCUCCCUCCCCCUUCCCCCCACGCCGACACCUGCCCAACCCUCCUUCAACACACUCCCUCCCUCCGUCUCCCACACCUCCAACCCCCCCACCUCCGCCUCCUCCUCUUCCUCCUCCUCUCACCCCUCCUCCUCCUCCUCCCACUCCUCGCUCUCCUCCACUCCCUCCUCCUCCUCGCAACCCCCUCUCUCAAUGGACCCAGACGCGCUGGUGAGGGCAGCGGUGGUGGUGUCUCUGGUGCUCAACUUCGCGCGCGCCAAGGGGGUGGCGCUGAGCACGGCAACAGUGGACUGGUUGGGCCUCUGGCGGUCGCUCAUUCGGAUAUGCGACUGGUGCCGCGCGGAAAGCAACUUCCAGCGCCCAGGGGUGCCAGAGGUGGCAGAAAUCUCACUGGGCCUUUUAGAGGCAUGUGUGGGAGCAGGAGCAGACCUGGUGGGCGGGUCAGGGAUUCACUCUGGAGGGAGCAGCGUGGGAGCGGGCGGGUGUGACGAUCUGGAGAUGCUUCACGCGCUGCUGCUGGCGCACAUGGGGGUGUUUGAGGGGCUUCAGGCGACGGCUGAGAGAAUCACUUUUGGGGCGGCAGCUAAAGUGUCCAUCACUGGAGGGAUCACUCUGGUGAAUAUCAAGGAGUUAAGAGAUCACUACGAGGUGCAGGCAGCAGGCAUGGGCAUGCGGCUGGGCAGCAUAACAGAGGAGCAAGCGCUAACAGUGAUCCGCAAGAAGGGCAUGAGUGGACUGAAGGCGAAGCCACGUCAUGUGGGCCCCACACACAUGUACUCAGAGGGCACGGCGGAGCUCCGGAUUCUCACUGCUGCCACCCGGCUUCUGGUGGUACACCACCGGAGAAAUUUCUGGUCGUUGUUGCCGAAGCUAGAGCUGGAAAACUAUUGA